GUUGUUCAUAUGACAUCCCCGCAACGUUGCUUGUGCCUAAAUCUCCUAUACUUGCCUUGAACUGACUGUGGACAUCACCACGUCCGUGCGGUCUUUGUCCGCAGCCUCGACGGCCUUGAGAACUUGACGGUCACCAUGGGCAGCGACAAGCAAAUGGAUAGCAAGUCAACUGCCAAGCUCUUUAAGACCCGGGUCAGUCAGCAUCUCGAGGGGGUGGAGACCCCUAGCAGCAGUGCAAGCAGCAGCAUUAGCAGCAGCAGCCGCCAGCCUUUGGCUGCGUGCAAGCUGCGAGCGAAGGAGCAGAAUGCGACGGUCGUCGCCUCUCUGCGCUCGUCCAGAGCGGUGCUCGACGUGCUCACGCAGCUGGAGGGGCGGAUGGAUAGCCAAGACAGACAAAUCCGCGAGCUGCAGGCCGCGAACAGGGAGCUGCAGGCCGCGACCAGCGAGCUGCAGGCCGCGCAGCAGGCCACAAACCGCGAGCUGCAGGCCGCGAACAGCGCGCAGCAGGCCACAAACCGCGAGCUGCAGGCCACAAACCGCGAGCUGCAGGCCGAACACCGCGAGCUGAGGGGCCGUGUUGAUAUGUUGGCGUCGCAGAGCGCCGCCCACGGCUUGGUGCUGCUCCGAUACGUAGCGGACCUCGUGCACCAGAAGCUGGAGCAGCGCUUUGACUCUGGCGAGGAUAGCAGGCCGCCGGACAUGCAGUAUUCGGUGUGGCUGGCAGCGCUGCAGGCGAGGCACCCGCAGUACUUCGAGCAGCACCACCUGGACGCCCCCGCCAUCCAGCUGCUGCACAAGGGGCGAGGUACACUCUUCCACGCCGGCAACCUGGCCGCGCACCAGCCGCCGCAGGCGCAUGCGGACGCAGCCCUCGCGGAUGCGGUCCGGGAGCAACUGGCCUGGAACACGCUGUGGGCGUUCGUCAACAGCCCGGAGCGAUAAACGCCAGCGCGCAGCGUUGAGCUCGGCGCAGUUGCAGCAGCAUCUGCAUCAUUUGCAGCAUCUGCAUGAGUCUUCAUCCUGUUGGUACAUACACUGCAUGCGCAUGAUUUGGCCGUCGUGGCUGAAGACAGCUGCGGCGUCGACAGCGGCAUGCAUGGGUUAGUGGCGGACCGCUGAGCGGCAGCGGCAGCCUUGACGGCAGUGGCGGCGUCCACGUGGCCCCGGCAUCAGCAGCCUCGGCAGCCGCGGCCGUGGCGCGUUGUUUGGUGCAAAGCCACGAGAACAGCAGGGGGCUGCACAGAACGCUCCCGUCGCAGCACUCACAAGUCGCAGCACGCACCCGUCGCAGCAGCAACAGCAGUAGCAGCAGCUGCUGUCCUCUCGCGGCGUGCCAGCGCUCCAGCCGCAGCUGCUGCCACUGCUGCGCGCGCGCCGCCUGCCAGGACCCCACCCGCCCGAGUGCACCAGAGACCGCGUGCGGCGCUGGGCGGCCGCCUGGUGGCGGCGGUGGCUCAACUGGCAGGGAUGGCGGCGGCGUAGACCGUGUCACGUCGCAGCGGCGAGAGGACCCUCAGUACUGGUCCCUGCUUGCUGCCACGCCACGUCGCGCCCCCUCAGGCCUGCACUCGCAAGAUCACCGGACGCGCCCGGCGACGGCGGCAAGCGCAAGCCUUUGCCGCGAGGAGGACUGCGAGUGCGAGUGUAACCAGGCCAGCGUCAAGCACGGCAUGCAAUGCACGCUCCUGGAGUGUGAAUGCAUGAUCCAGGGCGGCGCGCUGCUGGGCAGCGGCGGCGGCAACGGAGCCGGCGGCGCUGUGUUUUCGGCGGUGCUGCAACCUGUGCUGCAGCCGUUGCCGACGGGCCGCUCAAGGCCGUUAUCACGAAGGACAACGCGGCCAUAGGCGCGGUGGCGGUGGCGCUGGGCGGGCUGAAGGGCUGCCUACGGGCGCUGGCGGCGGCGGUGCUGCGGGCGGAAGUGCCGGGAGGGGGAAGGGGGUAGAAGUUGGGUUCCGUAGGAGUCGGUAAUUGCACGCUGCACAGAUGGACCCGCACAGCCCUGCACAACUCAACACUACGGCAUACACGUCCACCCAACCACACGCAUCUUGAGGUCCUUGGUGUGGCGCAGUGCCAGUGCGCAGCCCAUGUUCUCCUUUGGCGUGCAGGCCGUUUGCGUGUCGGACUCAGACUGAGCCGUGCUCAGCCAUAUAACCUGAUUGGAGUAGCCCAGCGACUGGCCCAGCUUGCCACAGGCACGCGGCAUCCGUGCCUUCCGCUCGCGGCUCUUAGAGGUGCUAAAGCGCUGCGGGGUACGUUGGCUAGUGGUGAAUGCCAGUAGGUGCUGGUGGUCUGUGGACGGCUGGGCUUGGGCUGGGUUGUGCUCCAUGUUAGGUGUACGACCGUUGGGCUGUGAAGGACAUGCGCUAAAAUGCGAGUGCGCGGAGCAAGGUAGUCGAGACGUCGUGAGACGCGGUGUGCCUGCCAAACACUCAACGUCUGACUUUGUUAACUCCGUAGUAAUACCCAC